UCGCGUUUGGCCCCGCUCAGCCACGGUGAGUCGCCUUUGCGCAUGCGCACGGUGAACGGCUGAGAAGGUGAAGAUGGCGGCGGCCGGGGCUGCAGCCCUGGGAGUCCGGUGGCUGCAAAGGGCAACCCGCGGCGUGGUGCCACUGGGGGCACGGACAGCCUUCCACAUGACCAAGGACAUGCUGCCGGGGCCGUAUCCUAGGACCCCAGAAGAACGCGCCGCGGCCGCCAAGAAGUAUAACAUGCGCGUGGAAGACUACGAGCCGUACCCGGAUGAUGGCAUGGGGCGCGGUGACUACCCGAAGCUCCCUGACCGAUCCCAGCAGGAGAGGGACCCAUGGUAUGAGUGGGACCACCCGGACCUGAGGUUGAACUGGGGCGAGACGGUGCACUGGGACCUAGACAUGUUUAUCAGGAACCGUGUGGACACGUCCCCUACACCUGUCUCUUGGAAUGUCAUGUGUAAACAUCUCUUCGGCUUUGUGGCCUUCAUGGCUUUCAUGUUCUGGGUUGGGGAGACUUUCCCCUCCUACCAGCCUGUGGGGCCGAAGCAGUACCCUUACAAUGAUCUGUACCUGGAACGAGGCGGCGACCCUACCAAAGAACCCGAGCCAGUGGUUCACUAUGACAUCUGAGGCGGCUUCAUGGGAUCUGUGUCCUCUAACGAGGACUCCCUCAUUCCUAGAGGGUUAACCUUAAUGAAAGCACUAAUAAACUCAGUACCAUGGUU